AUGUCUAUUGAAAAAGAAGAGGAACUGAACUCCAAUUUAAAUUCAAAGGGAGAGGAGGAAAUCUCGCGCAGGAUUACUGCAAGUCAUGGAGCUGGUUCUAAUGCUAACGAAAUGGGGAAAGCCUCAGAAGUUCUUGAGAUGGAUACAAAACCAGAUAUAUUACAAUCAGAUACAAGUUCUGGAAUGGCAGAAACUUCAUUAACCAGCAGAUUGCAGGAACAAAAGCCAGGUGAAUUCCUGAAGAAUCUUCCAGAACUAUCGGAAGUGACUCAUGAAGUUUCUCAAAGAGAUUCAGAAAAGGAUACUUUGCACUCUCCAGAGAAACCUGAAAUGUCACAAAAGAUUCCAGUUAUUUUUAUGCCUGAAACAAAGGAUAUUGAUCUCAUGGCUUAUAUGUAUGCUGAAGGAUUAAGUGAAAUCCCUUCAGAUUUUUUAGAAGGGAGAGCCAGGAAAAGCUUACUACAAUCUAUUGAGAAUGCUAGAUCAGCUGAAAAAAUAUCAAUGGAUAUGCUUUCUGAAAUGAUGCUGGAUGACUUCACAGUUCAGUUAAAUGCUAAAGGACUGAGGGAAAUUCCUAAAGGAAUUUUUGAUAUUAAAGGGUUAAAAUAUUUGCAUUUAAACCACAAUGAAAUAAAAAUCAUUCCAAAAGCUAUAGGUAUGUUGACAAAUCUUGACAUACUAUCUAUGGAAGGAAAUCAAUUAACAUCAUUACCUCCUCAAAUUUCCCUACUUGAAGAUUUAAGAACACUAAACAUCAGUCAUAACCAGAUAUCACGUCUACCCAACGAAUUUUCAAGGCUGAAAAAUCUUAGGUGUCUUUUGAUCAGUCAUAAUAAUAUUGAAGAGUUUCCUUCUUCAUUGGGAAGACUUGUAGAACUGGAAAUCUUAGAUAUCAGUGGGAACAAAUUAACUUUGCCAGACAAUAUUAUUAGCAUGAAAAAUCUGAAUGUGCUUUGCUUGGAAUCCAGUUGUAUUUCAAUAUUCCCAAAGGUUCUGUGUUAUCUUCCAAAUCUGAGUAAACUCAGUUUGUCAAAAAAUCAGAUCAAAAGUUUACCAAAGGAGAUUAAGGAGCUUAAAACAUUAAAAGAACUUUCACUAAAGCACAAUAAGCUUAUAUUUUUGCCUGUCCAGCUUUUUCAACUGAUAAAUUUAGAAAAGCUGAGCUUAAAAGAUAACCAGUUGGAAAGUCUUUCAGAUAAAGUAGAGAACUUACAAAACCUCUGCAAUCUCAAUCUUGCCAAAAAUUUAUUCCAAAGUAUUCCAGAUAAUCUUUGCAGUUGUGCCAAGAUGGAACGUCUGAUCCUUAAUGACAAUCAGCUAAAAGAACUACCCAGUGAUUUGCAUAAGCUAAGAUAUCUCCGGGAAAUUUGCAUAAGCAGAAAUAAACUUAUCUAUUUAGAUGAACAAAUAGCAUUCUUUAAAUUUCUCUCAAUAUUAGAAGUAUCAGGAAAUACAUUACUGUACAUUCCAGUUGAAAUAAAAAGUUGUACAGAAAUUACUAAAGUUGACAUGAGUUACAACAAACUAGUUUUAUUUCCAGUUGGACUGUGUGCAUUGACUCUUCUUAGACAUUUAAAUCUGAGUGGAAAUUAUAUUUAUGAAAUAACUACUGAAAUUAAGUUCAUUAAAAUCCUGCAGUAUCUAAAUAUCAGUAAGAACAAAUUGCCCUCAUUCUCCAUACACCUGUGUACUCUUACCAACCUAAGCUACUUAGACCUAAGUAACAAUGCAAUAAGGAGUAUCCCAACAAAUGUGAAAAAUAUGAAGUCUCUUCGAGUUCUGCUCUUACACCAUAACAAAUUUGUUUUGUUUCCCAGCGAGUUAUGUACUCUUAUCCGGCUUAAGACUCUCGAUCUUUCAGAUAAUAAAAUAGAGUCCAUACCUUCAGAAGUUUGUCAACUGCAAGAACUAAAAGAUUUAAACUUGUCAAACAAUUACCUUGUAUCAUUUCCAACUGAAAUAUGCCAACUUCCAUCAUUAGAAAAGCUAACAUUGUGCCAAAACAACGGAUUAAAGUUAAACCAACUUUCAGAAAAUAUAUCUGAGCUGAGUUCCCUGAAAGAACUUGAUGUAUCUCAUAAUGAACUACAGGAAUUGCCAGAGGGAUUAGGGGAGAUUAAAACUUUGGUCACUUUAAUAGCAAAUGACAAUCGUUUAAUAAAGCUUCCCAAGAGUUUUUCUUCACUCCAUAAUUUACAGAACCUGAAUCUGAGAGACAAUCAGAUGCUAUCUCUGCCAAGUGAUCUGCACUUUCUUCUGUCACUGAAAGAUAUAAAUUUUGAUGGAAAUGCUCUGGUCAGACCUCCACUUGAAGUCUGUAAAGGAAAACAAAUGCUCACUAUUACACGCUACUUAGAAAGUGUGGACGAAAGAGAUGAGAAGAUCCUACAGAGUGUAUUGAAGACAAUUGCUAGCAAUAUAGCCUUUGAAAAUUUUGAAUUUUUUUGCCAAAAACUGCAACUUAAUAAUGCUGUAUACAAAUCUAUUGAAAACAACAGGACUCUUACAAUAGAAGAGAAAGUCACACAGGCACUGGACCACUGGAAAACUGCAAAUGAAGCUUUGCCCCCCACUGUCAUGACAGACCAGCUAAUCAGAGUACUAACCAUGACAGGCUUGUAUUAUCUGACCAGCAAAGUGAAAGCUUUAAAACUUUGUUCCAGACUAGUGAAGUUCUGA